AUGGUUGUGGUUAAUUCAUCGUCUGCUGAUGCAAAUAGUGGCCCUCACAGAUCACCAUCCCAGUCAAAACGUGAGCAGAAAAGACGGCCAAAGCCCAAGGAUGGAUCUGUUCUCCUAUGUGGGGUGUGUGGAGACCGAGCUCUCGGAUACAACUUUGAUGCUGUCAGUUGUGAAUCGUGUAAGGCAUUCUUUCGAAGGAAUGCUCUCAAAACAAAGCCAUUCACAUGCAGUUUUGAGGGUAACUGUAAAAUGGACCCUCACACCCGUAAAUUUUGUUCAGGAUGUAGGCUGAAGAAAUGCUUUACAAUUGGGAUGAAGAAAGAUUGGAUCUUGAGUGAAGAUCAGCUGGUCAAGAGGAGGCAGCGACAGCAUACAAAGCAGGUACAUUCAACUGGUAGUUCCUCAUCGGAUGCUCAGUUUUGCUCUUCCACGUCAAAUGACAUGUUGGGCGACGACAGCUCCACGCCUUAUUCACAAAGGGAUUACCAGAUGUCCACUUUCCCAAACCACCAGCGCCUUCCCAGCAGCACAUGCGGAAGUGACAGUGGUGACUACAUGCCUCUAACCCCGGCCGGCUACUACGAGCCAUGCUCAUCCACAACCCCGUCUCCUCUCAAGCAUCAUUACUCAUACGAGGGCUCAUUAUCACCAACCUCCACCACCUCGCCGCCAUCUUACAUGCCACACCUGCUGCCAGUGCCACAGUCCUCCCAGCAAAUAUCCAGCAUUCCUUCACUGACUACAGGCAGGCAGUCCAAGAUGGAGUAUUCUUCUGAAGAUGAUGAUGGCUACUACCAGAAUAUCUCUCAGGUUCCAGUAGUUAUUACUCCCCUCCAUGAUCCUGUAGGAUCCUCGGAUGAUUUAGCGGGUUGCUCAAUUGUCAAAUCAGAAGCAAUGGAAGACACUGAAGAUUACAUUAUACCUCUCAGCCCUCACAUUAAAGCCACCCUCCAGGAUUUGGCAAGGACGUAUGAUGAAAUAUUUGAGGCAGCUUAUACUCAAGACCAGACAUCAAAGCUGACAGAGAAACCAAAAACUGCUAAUCAGCUGUUCAACAUGACUGACGUAUUCAUACGGAGGCUUAUACGUUUUGCUAAACAUAUUCCGGAAUUCAAAGCUCUUUCACAGUCAGAUCAGAUUCAUUUACUAAAGGGUGGUAUUAUGGAGAUGUUUGUCCUCCGAUCGGCCAUGGGUUUUGAUUCAAAGAACAACGGCUGGAAGUUCAAAUUCCAGCAGUCCAGCGAACCCAAUGCGCCAAAAGGGGAAGGCAAAUUAGACUCCACAGUUAUAAACACUCUGGGCUCAUCCAUGUUUAUGCAGCACAUGAACUUCGUGCGGCAGCUGCAGGAGAUUUCUGGCAACAACAGAACUGUGUUAAUGCUGCUGUUUAUCAUUGAUCUCAUGUCCCCCGACCGGGCAAACCUGACAGACAAACAGAAGGUGUCCCAGAGCCAAGAGCGGCAUUCGUUGUGGCUGAAGGCAUACCUAGAAUCCGUGCACACUGUGGCCGAGGCCAAGGUUAUCUACCCAAAACUGCUGGUGAAGUUGCUCGAUGUUCGGGAUCUCGGAGAGGAAAGUUGUCACAUGGCCUCAACUUUGGAUAUUACUAACCUGGAACCACUGCUCGUGGAGGUGUUUGAUCUCAAAUAG